GUUCGGUUUCCCGUCGUUCUUCACCAGCAGACAACUUUCGGCCAUCUUUUCGGGGUGUUUGUUGUUUUCACCAAAACAAGAGGCUGUUCUCAGGUCGACGCUGAGACGUCCCUCCCAGUCAACCUCGGGCUAGUUUGGAGGAGGGUAAAAUGAUCCCAGAUCAGUGUCUGUUUCGAUGUCAUGCCAUCCCCCAUCGCGCUGCCAAGUAAGGUGCGCGCCAGCCUCGCGAUAGCCUCGCCUACAAGAAUCAGAGCUCCGCUCGCGAACUGGAUGCUGACAGGCGCGCGGUGCGGUCAUCAUGCAAAGGUUACACUGGAAACGUUUCAGCGAGUGUCUAAAGAAGCCGCUCCUCCGCAGGACCCGCACGGCUUACAACAUGCGAGACGUCUAGCGACCACUAAACGCUCCAACUCUCGUGUACUCGCCUGUUUGGCUACAGCAGGUGUCAAAAGAUGGACGCAAGUUUGGGAUUUCCGCGAACGGCAGUGUGUACGCUGGCUCCUCUCGGCGGUAAAGUGGCUUCAUGAGUGUCCAAAGUAACAGUGGAAGUGGUGGUGGAAGUUUGGAGGCGACGCCAUCUUGGUCGCAGCUCUCCUCGUCCCCAACGAUUUCUCAACAACAUAUAACGGCGACCGCAAAGAGCAAGGAAGGCCCCAUGGAGGAGCUGCACAGCCUGGACCCCAGGAGACAGGAGCUGCUGGAGGCCAGGUUCACAGGAGCUGUCAGUGGCAACACAGUAGGCAGCACUGGGAGCACCAGUGGAGGUGCUAAGGGUCUGGCCAACGAGUCCUCUAACCACAGCUAUGGCAGUCUGGGCUCUUCUAGCGACAAGGAGUCGGAGAACUCUGAUUUGAAAAGAGGGAGCUCCCCUGCCUACUCAACCCCGGAGAAGAAGCACUCUGAAUCAUCCAGAGGGAGGAAAAGGAAAGCCGACACCUAUUCAGAGAGUAGUCAAGGGAAGACCUCCACACGUGGGCCCAAGAUCAGCGACUACUUUGAUUUCCAGGGUGGAAAUGGUUCCAGUCCAGUCAGAGGCCUCCCAUCAGCUCGCCGCUCGCCACAGAACUCCCACUCUGCGCCUGGCUCCAUCAUCCGGCAGAACAGUUCCUCUCCUACGAGCCUGUCUUUUGGGGAACACAAUCCCAAAGCCUCCUCAAGCAAGUGUGUCCAGACGGAGUUAACAGGCCUGAAACUCGCUGCUCUGGAGAGUAACAAGAGUCUGGACCUGGAGAAGAAAGAGGGGCGAAUAGAUGACCUGCUCAGGGCUAACUGUGACCUGCGGAGACAGAUAGAUGAACAGCAGAAACUCCUGGAGAAAUACAAGGAGAGGCUCAAUAAGUGCAUCACCAUGAGCAAGAAACUGCUUAUAGAGAAGCUCUGCUUUGCUCUACAAUUCCUGAGAGGCAAAUUCUGCCUGUGGAGCACUCAGGAGAAGCAGUCGUGUCGUGAGAAGAGCAUGCAGGACCGUCUCCGUCUGGGACACUUCACCACCGUCAGACACGGUGCGUCCUACACGGAGCAGUGGACCGACGGAUACGCAUUCCAGAACCUGAUCAAGCAGCAGGAGGGCAUCAACCAGCAGAGGGAGGACAUAGAGCGACAGAGGAAGCUUCUGGCCAAGAGGAAGCCUCCAAACCCUGCGUCACCCUCCCUCUCAGUGGCCUCCACCUCUGAACCCAAGCAGCGCAAAACCAAGGUGGUCAACGGCAACGACUCAGACCCCUUCCUCAAGCCCUCUUUGCCCCAGCUGCUCACCCUCGCUGAGUAUCACGAGCAGGAAGAGAUCUUCAAGCUUCGCCUUGGGCAUCUGAAAAAGGAGGAAGCGGAGAUCCAAGCAGAGCUGGAGCGGUUGGAGCGAGUGAGGAACCUCCACAUCAGAGAGCUGAAGAGGAUAAACAACGAGGACAGCUCAGCGUUUAAAGACCAUCCUACUCUGAAUGAGAGGUACCUGCUGCUGCACUUGCUGGGCAGGGGCGGCUUCAGCGAGGUCUAUAAGGCUUUUGACCUGUUUGAGCAGCGCUACGCAGCUGUUAAAAUCCACCAGCUCAACAAGAACUGGAGAGAGGAGAAAAAGGAGAACUACCACAAGCAUGCAUGCAGGGAGUACCGGAUACACAAGCAGCUGGACCAUCCCAGAAUAGUCAAACUGUACGACUAUUUCUCCCUGGAUACUGACACGUUCUGUACUGUCUUGGAGUUCUGCGAAGGCAACGACCUGGACUUCUACCUGAAGCAGAACAAGCUGAUGUCAGAGAAAGAAGCUCGCUCCAUCGUCAUGCAGAUCGUCAGCGCGCUGCGCUACCUCAACGAAAUCAAACCCCCCAUCAUCCACUACGACCUCAAACCUGGUAACAUCUUAUUGGUGGAUGGUACUGCAUGUGGGGAAAUCAAAAUCACAGACUUUGGCCUGUCAAAGAUUAUGGAUGACGACAACUACGGCGUGGACGGGAUGGACCUCACAUCACAGGGAGCAGGCACCUACUGGUACCUUCCUCCAGAGUGUUUUGUGGUGGGGAAGGAGCCCCCGAAAAUCUCCAAUAAGGUGGAUGUCUGGUCUGUGGGGGUGAUCUUCUUCCAGUGCCUCUACGGACGCAAGCCGUUUGGUCACAACCAGUCCCAGCAGGACAUUCUCCAGGAAAACACCAUCCUUAAAGCCACGGAGGUCCAGUUUCCUGCUAAACCACAGGCUAGCACAGAGGCCAAGGCGUUUAUCCGCCGCUGUCUGGCCUACCGUAAGGAGGACCGGUUCGACGUCCACCAGCUGUGCUCGGACUCCUACCUCCUCCCUCACAUGAGACGUUCAAACUCCUCCGGCUCCCUGCAGCCCUCCGCCUCAUCGCUCCCCACCUACUGACUGGCUCUUUCACACUGACUGACAGGACCCUCUGGCCAACCUCAAGGCAGGAUUGUUGGAAUUGGAGGAUAAUGGAUGUGGAUUUUUCUUUCGUUCUUUUUUUUUUUUUUUACUUGAGCUGUUCCCAAAUGGAUCUGUUAGCAACAGAGCAGAUUGAAAUGAGAUGGAAAUGGAUGAAGACGUGGAAGGGGGAUGCUCCCUCUGUAUAUGUUGUACAGAGUUGUUCCCUUGAACUCAGCUGUAUGAGAUACAGGAAGGAACAAAACUGGAGAAGAGAAGGGGAAUGGAAAGAGAGAGAGGCAACAAGAAAUGAAAGUGAUGAUGCUGGUGGAUUUGUUUAUGGACUGUAUUGAUUAACCCCUUUGGAGACAUGUCAACAGCUCUGCUCUCCGCUCCACAUCAUAACACACCUCACAAGAUGGCUAAGAAUCUCUUCAACAUAAAGUCGCUGUUAUAGAUGUUCUCUUGCUGACAUAUGAGGGUGGGGUUGACUAGUGGGGAGCAGAAGAAAAGAGCGAACAGGUCCACGUGUUUGCACGUCAAAUGUGGGCCUCAUGUUCUGCGAUCCAUUUUUAAUGAGGCACAGAAUGGUGGUUACAUGUCAUUGAUGUACCCUUGUAGCCCCCUUUGCACACGACAGGGGUUCAUUUAUAUCCCCCCCCCCCCAAAAAAGAUGAAAUUUCUGGGGUGAAUUUGCACUUCUGGUCGAGGUCGUCAUGGCGAUCUGGUCCCACACAUUUGGCAUGAAGUACUACAGCUAGUUCUGGAUCGAUCAGUAGCCAAGUCCUCUGUUCUUAUUACAUUUUUUUGUUGUUUUGUUGCAAGAGCAAUUCAGAUCUAUUGUUGGGUUUCCAGGAAGUGGAUCUGUGAAUCUGUCUUAAUCCAUCAUUGUUGUUCUGAUAAGAUGUUUCAGAGUAUUGCAGUACCAUGUUGUCAUGGACGUCCUCAUGGAGCCUCCUGAAGGGACUGAACCGAGGGGCUGGACGAGCUGUUACUGUACUGCAAAGACUCGGGACACACAGAGUUCAGUGUACAUUUCAUGUGCAGGAGACAUUAUUCAAUAGCAAAUACAUAAUAAUGAGGCUUCUCCUUGCUUCCCAGUGUCUCACUUUGCUCCGUUUCUUUGUGUUUUCCUCCUGAAAGCUGUUCUCAGUUUGCUGCUAUAAAUGUUGCUUUUAGUUCGUAACGUGUGAAUGGUUUCCGCCUGACAUAUGUGCGUACUUGAACUGCGAUAAGAGGAACACUCUCCAGAGACCCCUUUUUGUACUGAAACAGGACACCCGCUGCACCGUUCGGGGGGGGGGGGGUGAUGCAACAAGUUCCUCUGCCACCAACAUCGAUGUCCACAUGGGUUUUUGUUUGUUUGUUUGUUUACUUUUAUGUUCAAGUCCAACAGACGAUAUACGGAGCAAAAUCCCAGAGUGGACCGCUCACACCUGUUCGUGCCAGUAGAAGUGGGCACGCUCCAGGUUGGCUGUGGUGCAGCAUGAUUUGCUGCAGCUAGAAAAAUCAAGUGGAUAUAUCCAAAUGUUGUCGUCCUGUAAAUAAUAAUAAUAAUAAAAAAACGCCUACCUGUA